GGCAUGCCCCAAACGCUGAGUUCCACCAGUAUGUUUACCCCAUGUGGCUUCAGCCCUCAUCUACAUACUUCAAAAGAAGAUGAACAAGGAGGACUGAUCUUCCAAGAUGGAAACCUUACCUCAGCAUCUCUGGAUGCUCUAAUCCAGCAUCUGAUACCUACCACUGAUUACUACCCUGAAAAAGCCUAUAUCUUUAUUUUUUUCAGACUCUUCAUCGAACCCCAUGAGCUUUUGUCCCGAGUUUGUCACAAGUGCAUUGAGCAGCAACGGCUGGACGACCCUGUGCUGGACAAGGCACGGAUCAGAAAAUUUGGACCCAAAAUCUUACAGUUGCUGACGGAGUGGACGGAGACAUUCCCGUAUGACUUUCUAGAGCGGAUGAUUGGCCAUCUGAAAGACAUGAUUCACAGGAUAGCCCCAUGUGAUGAGGCCUACUGGAAGAAGAUGAAUCAGCUUUUGCAAACCCUGAAUCAGAAGCUUGCAACCCUCAGCCAUGGGCAAGAAGGGAUUGUCAAGAUCAGUGCUGCUGUCUCUGAUAAGCUGGUUGCCUUUAAAAGUAAACCUCCAUCCAUUCAGAGAGAAAUCCUGAGCGUCUGCAGUGACCCUUACACUCUGGCCCAGCAGCUGACACAUGUGGAGCUGGAAAGGCUAAGUCACAUUGGACCUGAGGAGUUUGUGCAGGCAUUUGUACAUAAAGACCCUCUGGAUGGCACCAAGACUUGUUUCAGUGAACAGAAGAAGACGAGUAACCUUGAGGCCUAUGUGAAAUGGUUCAAUAGACUCUGCUAUCUCGUAGCAACAGAAAUUUGCAUGCCUGCAAAAAAGAAACAGCGAGCACAAGUCAUCGAAUUCUUCAUUGACGUUGCCCGAGAGUGCUUUAACAUAGGGAAUUUUAAUUCGCUGAUGGCAAUCAUUUCUGGAAUGAAUAUGAGUCCAGUUUCCAGGUUAAAGAAGACUUGGUCAAAAGUGAAAACAGCCAAAUUUUUCAUUCUUGAG